ACGAGGAUUAAAAGUGUUACGAUAACAGUGUAAAGGUUUGACAUUCGAGCUAUUAUAUUGGUCAAAUCAGACGAUUCUAGCAGAAGGGCCAGAAUGACGACUUAUGCGUUAUGUGUUAUGCUGGUAUCGGUGAUGAUAUGCACAUCCGGGCAACUAGUAUCAGGCAAUUCUGUUUGCCCAACGCAAGACCCAAACAUCGCAUGGGGCUGCGCCUAUCAGCCUCAUUGUUUCAGUGACAGCGGAUGCGGAAGUGGAUACAAGUGCUGCCACCACAUAUGUGGCGACUAUUGCUAUAACAUGUCCACGGCGGUUGCCGCUACACAUUCGCCAGGGACAGGUGGCGAUUGUCACUCAUUAAGCUGCCUGUUUGGAGACUUAAUUGGACACCCUGGCUGA